AUGCGUAGCGCUCUGCAUAAUGAAGUUGACGAGGAUUAUGAUAGCUCAUCAAAUGCAUCCUCUGAAGAGCUGAAAAUUGGAAGCGGUUCAGAAUCUGAGGAAAAUAUUGGUAAACUUAGUUUUCCUGAAUUUAUCCCUAGAAAGAGAAAUCCUGAGCUCGAGAUUGGUUUAUUGUUUGGGUCUUUUGAGGAAUUGAAAUAUGCAGUUAGAAAUCAUGCAGUCUUCAAUAGGGUUGAACCAAUUUUCAAGCGAAAUGAUAAGGAAAGAUUCCACUGUGUUUGUAAGGAAGGUUGUCCGUGGAAGUUGUGGGCAUCUAAGCUACGGGGUCAAGACACCGUCCAAAUAAAAACGUAUUACCCUGACCAUACUUGCUUGAAGGUGCAUAAGAAUAAGUACAUUACUUUUAAGUGGCUUGCCGAUUAUUACUUAGAGGAUUUUAGAGCUGAUCCUGUAUGGAAGACGAAACAUUUUAGAAGUAGGGUGAGAAAAGAUUUGGAAGUUCAUACGUUCAGGUCGAAUCGUGGUGGGGAUUCGUGGUGGGGGUAG